GCAAGCGGAAGGGGACGCCGUGGUAGGGUGCCUGCGGGUGUUCGGGCGGCAGCUACUGAACUGAACCGGACUAGACGUUGAGCUAGACAGCGGCUGGAGCAGCACCCUGUCUUCGCUCACUCUGCUCGCGCCCCACCCGCUCCUGGCUUGAACCGAAUCAGAAGGGCCUACUGGCGCGAGAGUUGCUGGCGCCCGCGCGGGGUUCGGGAGUCUCCGCGCACCCGACCGUGUCGUGGCUUCAGGGGAACGUGGCCGCGUCUGCUAUCCGCGGGGCUGGGCGGGUGGGAGGCAGAGUCGGUACAGACGAGGGUGGCCUCAGUGGAUUCCGGGGGGUUCUUGUUGCCGGCGUGCGAGCCCAUUGGGGCCCCCAUAGCUCCGGGCGCUAGUGGUCACCGGACAAAGGGCUCCGGGUGCGGGGGUGUCCCGGAGGCGGGCGGGCGGGUUUACUUCCUCCCCGGCCCCACGGAGCGCUUCCUUCUUGGCGGAUCCCCAAGCUCGCCCCAACACUGUCACCUCACCAGUGGCUCUGGCCGCAGGAGAUCAACAGGACUAAUCCUACCCCGCGGGUGUAAUUCGGAACGGGACUCGGUCCCGGGGGAGGCCCCCACCGUCGCUCCUAUUGUUUUGGGGCCCAGAGAUGUAAGCUUUUGAUGAGUAAAGAGGCCCCACCAGGUUGUAAGGACCCUUUCCUGGUUGCUAAUGCGGGUGACGGCGAAACAACCCUAAGCCCAAGAGAACCCCGAGGUUUCGGACCCGGCCCAGACAGGGCAGGUGGGCUAUGGUGGGGCUGUCUGCCGAAAGCGGUCGCCACUGUUCCCCUCUGGUGCACCUGCCUACUCGGGACCGGAUCCCCCGCCCGGUCAGUUGCUCUUCCGGAAGUUCGACCUCCCCAAAUUUUGCUUCCGGUUCCGGUCGCUAUGGCGACUGGGCGCCUUGGGGUGGAGGAGACCCUGGGGGCCCUCAACGCGGCCCUGGGAGCUGGCUGCCCCGUGUGGUUCAAGGAGACGCGCGCUCGCCACCUGCGUGCCCGAGACUUCCUGGCGCCAAGGCGCGCGCUACAGGCGCGCUUCGAGGACGGUCAGGUGCCGGAAGCAGUGGUCCAUGCUGUGCUCGGCCUGCAGGGCCCCGGUGUGGCCCCGGUGUUGCGAUGCGAGGCAACACCCUCGGGCCUGGCGCUCCAACUGCAGCGGUCUGCCGUCUUCGAGCGCGUGCUCGGCUCCGUGGCUGCCUAUGCCGCGCCCGCCGCGCCCGCUGCUCGUGGUCCGCGCGUCAUCCUGCACUGCCCAUCGCUUCGUGCCGCCCCCUGCGCGCUCCGCCUGUGCCAGCUGCGGGCUGUGCUCGUGGCCGAUCACCUUGCUCAAGCUUUGCGCGUUCAUGGGGUUCGUGUGAGCCUAGUGCCCGCCGUGCGGGACCCGCACAUGUCGACAUUACUGCAGCAACUGCGGGUGGACUGGCCCGCUGCCUCGGAGCCAGUCCCAACCGAAGCCCUGUGGAGCCGCGCACUGGCAGAGUUUACCUCUGCUGGGGACGGGGGAGCCCUGCCCCCCGGCGUCCUGGGCAGCGUGUGCCUGAAGGAGCUGGUGGAAGGACGGGGACGCUCAGCUGGUUACGACCCCAACCUGGACAACUGUCUGGUGACUGAGGAUCUGCUCUCCGCGCUGGCUGAGCUGCAGGCAGCUGUGCAGCGUUGGCCUGAGGACAGCCCCCCAGGCCUGGCUGCAGCCCCAGAUGCUGGUGUAGACAGCUGCACGGUGGUACACGUGGUGAGUUACGGAGAGGAGUUCCGGCAACAGAAGUUGGACCUUCUUUGGUGGAAGCUGGAUGAUGGCGCUCCUCUCAGACAGAAGCACGUGGUGUGUGGCCCCGUGAAAGUAGCUGGUGUACCCGGCACUCUGACCGCCCCCGAGUACUACGAGCUCCGGCACGCGCAGGUGUGCAAGGCCUCAGCUCUGAAGCACAGCAGGGACCUCGCACAAGACCCAGCCUGGGCAGAAACCUUCAGGGUCCUCUCUGUGGCGACCAUCAAGUUCGAGAUGCUCAGCAAGGCCCCGCAGAGCCAGCUCUGCGUGGCCCUGGCCGACGGCAUUUCCACCAAGGGGACCAAGAGUGGCACCUUUGUCAUGUACAAUUGUGCCCGUCUUGCCACACUCUUUGAGGGUUACAAGCGCAGCGUGGAACAAGGUCUGUACCCUGCCUUCCCACCUGUGAGCAGCCUGGAUUUCUCCCUGCUCCGCGAGGAGGGUGAGUGGCUGCUGCUCUUCAACGGCGUGCUCCCCUUCCCAGACCUGCUGCGCCAGACAGCAGCCCUGGACCUCACGACCCCGGGGCUCCGCAUGGCCGCGCACACGGAGAUGGUGUGCAAGUUUCUGGCGCAGCUGAGCAUGGAUUUCAGCUCCUACUACAAUCGGGUGCACAUCCUAACGGAGCCGCGGCCACACCUGUUCGGUCAGAUGUUUGCCCGUCUGCAGCUUCUACGCGCCGUGCGCAAAGUGCUCCACACUGGCCUGGCCGUGCUGGGCCUCCCUCCGCUGAGCUACAUCUAAGGCCACAGAGGUUCCAGUGUCUGGGAAUGUUCACAAAGUCAACAACUGUAAAACACACAAAAACACAGCUUUUUGUUGAGAGGCCUGGAGCCAAAUUAAAUUGUUACGAAGCUUU